CGCGGAAGUUCAAUGACCUGCACAUUUCAAACCUUGGCGGCGGGUAGAAAAAUAAAUCUGACCGAGAAGAAAAUACAAUACAACAAAAGGAUAUAACUCAAACGUGCAAAGAUGACGAGCACACUGAAAGGCAUUACCCUGAAAGGCAGCGCUGAGCUUGUGGCCGAGUUUUUCUCAUUCGGGAUCAACAGUAUCCUGUACCAGCGAGGACUCUACCCACCGGAGACGUUCUCCCGAGUCGCCCAGUAUGACAUGAGCCUUCAACUCACCACUGACACCAAGCUGAAGAACUACCUGACCAACGUUGUGUCACAGCUCAAAGAGUGGCUGUUUGACUGCACAGUGCAGAAGCUAGUCCUUGUUAUCACAUGUCUGGAGACUAGUGAGGUGCUGGAACGGUGGCAGUUUGACAUUGAGUGUGACAAGAGUGCCAAGGAGAUCAGCGCUCCCAGGGAGAAGUCCAUCAAGUCCAUCCAGGAUGAGAUUCGCUCAGUCAUCAGACAGAUCACCGCCACUGUCACCUUCCUACCCCUGCUGGAGACUGCCUGUGCCUUUGACCUCCUCGUUUACACCGACAAGGACCUAGAGGUGCCCGACAAAUGGGAGGAGUCGGGCCCCCAGCUCAUCGACCAAUCGGAGGAGGUUCGUCUGCGUUCCUUCACCACCUCCAUCCACAAGGUCAACAGCAUGGUGGCCUACAAGAGGGCCAACUCAGCCUAGAGCCUUGACCUCUAACCUGCCGCCCCCUGUACAUAGUUAUCGCUCAAUGCCAACUCAGCCUAGAGCCUUGACCUCUAACCUGCCGCCCCCUGUACAUAGUUAUCGCUCAAUGCCAACUCAGCCUAGAGCCUUGACCUCUAACCUGCCGCCCCCUGUACAUAGUUAUCGCUCAAUGCCACAUCUUUCCUGCUGAGUACAAAAAAGGAACGUUGGAGAUCGACUACAAUCGAUCUACAAAUCAUAAUCCAUAGUAAUUUAGGAUCCAAUGUGAUUUGUAGGUCAGCCAGUCUGCAGUCGCCGACUGCCAUCUGAAACGCGCACAAUGGCUAUGAGAUAAUAUAUACUACGCUUACCCUUUCCUACCUCCACCUGUCAUAUCUCUCCCUGUAUAUCUGAAGUCCUUUAUACUGAUUAUUCUGUCGUGUCAUUUUCUGUGUGCAUUGGGGAGGCCUUGUUCUUCCUGACUCACUGCUUUGAUGUAAAUAUAUUGCCUGUCAAUGGUCACCGAUCUCUUUUGGUCCAAUGCAUUUACUUCCUUCUGAACUCUACCUUGUGAUCUAUCCAGUACUGAGCCUCGCUGUUUUAGAAGCUAGUGUUUUGUGUGUUGUAUUUUUAAGAAAUGUUCCUACAAUAUAUAAACGUUUCCAUUUGA